CGGCUCGGCGCGGCUCGGCUCGGCGCGGCUCGGCUCGGCUCGGCUCGGCUCGGCGCGGCUCGGCUCGGCUCGGCUCGGCGCGGCGCGGCGCGGCCCGGCCCGGCCCGGCCCGGCUCGGCUCGGCUCGGCCCGGCUGCCGCCCCGACGGCGCCGUCGGGCAGGGGGUUCGCUUCGCGCCCCGCAGCGCCCGGCGGCCGCGGGAUGGAGCUCGGUGCGGCGCGGCUGCUGGCGGUCCUGCUGUGCCUGGCUCCCGGUUUAUUUAUUUCUUUGGAUCAGCCAACCCUUAGCAUCCAAAAAGAUGUCCUCACAAUAACUGCAAAUGAUACUCUAAAUAUUACUUGCAGUGGUCAGAGACCACUGGAGUGGUCCUGGCCAAGCAACCACAGCAGUGUUGAGAAGCGUAUCUCUGUGACAGACUGCAGCGAUGGCCCCUACUGCAAGACACUUACUCUCCUCAGAGUCAUUGGCAACGAUACAGGGGACUACAGGUGCCUUUACAGGGACAACCAGGCAGCUACAACCAUUUAUGUCUAUGUUCAAGAUUACAGAUCUCCAUUUGUGACUUCAGUUAGUGAUCAGCUUGGCAUUGUAUACAUCACUAAGAAUAAAACUGUGGUAGUGCCGUGCCUUGGAACAGUAUCAAAUCUCAAUGUAUCUCUACAUGCGAAAUAUCCAGAAAAGAUAUUUGUUCCUGAUGGUAAAUCAAUUUCGUGGAAUAAUAAAAAAGGCUUCACUAUACCUAGUCAUUUAAUCAACUAUGCGGGCAUGGUCUUCUGUGAAGCUAAAAUAGAUGAUGAAAGCUAUCAGUCUGUGAUAUACAUAGUCGCAGUCGUAGGAUACCGAAUUUAUGACCUGACAAUGAACCCACACUACCAAGUAGAGUUAGCAGUGGGAGAAAAACUUGUUCUCAAUUGCACUGUAAGAACAGAGUUGAAUGUAGGAAUUGAUUUUAAAUGGGACUACCCUUCCAUCAAGGAAAAACGUGCAACCAUAAGAGAUUUAAAAACCACUGCAGGAGAAGUAAAGAAGUUUGUAAGCACUCUUACCAUCGACAGUGUGUCCUUAAGUGACAAAGGUCGAUAUACUUGCGCAGCAUCCAGUGGCCGUAUGAACAUGAAAAACAGCAGUUACUUCAUUAUCCAUGAAAGUCCUUUUAUUCAUCUGGAGAGAAUGGAGAACGUGGUUGAGACAAGGUUAGGUGAUACAGUCAAAAUUCCCAUAAAGUUUAAAGGAUAUCCUCCACCGGAGGCGAAAUGGUAUAAAAAUGGAAAAGCCAUCAAUGCAAAUCAUACAAUUAAACUGGGCUACACAUUAGUGAUCACUGAAACAACUGAAAAGGAUGCUGGGAAUUACACUGUUGUCCUUACAAACCCUACUAACAAGAUGCAGAAGAGACAUACGUUUACUCUGCUUGUGAAUGUUCCCCCCCAGAUCGGCGAGAAUGCGCUGCUGGCCCCCGUUGACUCCUACAAGUACGGCUCGACACAAGCGCUCACUUGCACCGUCUAUGCCGUCCCGCCGCCCGCCACCAUCCUCUGGCACUGGCAGCUGGAGGAGGAGUGCACUUUCAGCCCUCAGAAAGUUCGCUCAGGAGCCAAUCCGUAUGCAUGCAGGAAAUGGAAAGUGAUCUCGGAGAGAAAGGGUGGGAAUCAGGUUGAAAUUAAGCACCGAGUUGUUACUAUUGCUGGGAAAACAAAGACUGUGAGCACCCUCGUGAUUCAAGCAGCAAAUGUAUCUGCUUUGUAUCGAUGUAUGGCUACAAACAGAGCUGGAUCAAGUGAGAGAGUUAUCUCCUUCCAUGUGACCAGGGGUCUUGAAAUUAAUCUCCAGCCUCAGAAUCAGCUCACAGAGAAGGAUAACAUGUCUUUGCAAUGCACAGCAGACAAAUUCACCUUUGAGAAGCUAUCGUGGUACAAACUCAGCGCUCACGCUUCGCAGACUCCCUUUGGAGGGCUGCCCAUGCCCGUUUGCAAGAACCUCAAUGCUCUCCAGAGGCUGAAUGCAACGAUUUCAAAUAUCAAUGGUGAAAACGUCACCUUAGAGCUCAUCCUCCGUAACAUCUCCCUCCAGGAUGGAGGAGACUAUGUUUGCAUUGCUCAGGACAAAAAGGCUAAAACACAGCACUGUCUGGUGAAGCAUCUCACUGUUCAAGAGCCCAUGGCACCCACACUCAUAGGAAAUCUGGAAAAUCAGACAACAAACAUCGGUGAAACCAUAGAAGUGUCAUGCACAGCAAAUGGUAUUCCUCCUCCAAACAUCAUGUGGUUUAAAAAUAACGAAACCCUUGUUGAAGAUUCAGGUAUUGUUCUGAAAGAUGGAAACAAGACACUAACCAUACGUCGGGUGAGGAAAGAAGAUGGAGGGCUAUACACCUGUCUUGCCUGCAAUGUCCUUGGAUGCAGAAAAGCAGUGGCUUUUUUUUCAGUGGAAGGCGCUGAAGAGAAAACAAAUCUGGAGCUCAUUAUCCUCGUUGGCACUGCAGUGAUUGCCAUGUUCUUCUGGUUGCUUCUUGUAAUCAUCCUCCGGACCGUUAAGCGGGCCAACGGAGGGGACAUGAAGACUGGCUACUUGUCAAUCAUCAUGGAUCCUGAUGAAGUCCCUAUAGAUGAGCACUGUGAACGGCUCCCAUAUGAUGCCAGCAAGUGGGAGUUUCCCAGAGACCGGCUAAAGCUAGGUAAACCUCUUGGGCGUGGAGCUUUUGGCCAAGUCAUAGAAGCGGACGCAUUUGGGAUUGACAAAACUGCUACCUGCAAAACAGUGGCAGUCAAAAUGCUUAAAGAGGGUGCAACCCAUAGCGAGCACAGAGCGCUUAUGUCAGAGCUGAAGAUCCUCAUUCAUAUUGGCCACCAUCUCAAUGUUGUCAAUUUACUUGGAGCCUGCACAAAGCCAGGAGGCCCACUCAUGGUGAUAGUGGAAUAUUGCAAGUUUGGAAAUCUGUCAGCUUACCUACGGAGCAAGAGGAGUGAAUUUGUCCCAUACAAGACCAAAAGUGCCAAAUUUCGGCAGGGGAAGGAGAACUAUGUUGGUGAUGUCUCCGCGGAUCUGAAGCGACGGUUGGACAGCAUCACAAGUAGCCAGAGCUCAGCGAGCUCUGGUUUUGUGGAGGAGCGGUCCCUGAGUGAUGUGGAAGAGGAGGACGCUGGUCCUGAAGACCUUUGCAAGAACCCUUUGACCAUGGAGGACCUCAUCUGUUACAGCUUCCAGGUGGCGAGGGGAAUGGAGUUCUUGGCUUCACGCAAAUGCAUCCACAGGGACCUGGCUGCUCGUAAUAUCCUCUUGUCAGACAAUAACGUGGUCAAAAUCUGUGAUUUUGGCUUGGCUCGAGACAUCUACAAAGACCCAGAUUACGUCAGGAAAGGAGAUGCCAGACUACCCCUAAAAUGGAUGGCACCAGAAACCAUUUUUGAUAGAGUAUAUACCAUUCAGAGUGAUGUUUGGUCCUUUGGAGUUCUGCUGUGGGAAAUAUUUUCAUUAGGUGCAUCUCCAUAUCCUGGAGUGAAAAUUGAUGAGGAAUUUUGCAGAAGACUGAAAGAAGGAACGAGAAUGAGAGCACCAGACUAUACAACACCAGAAAUGUACCAAACAAUGCUGGAUUGCUGGCACGGAGAUCCUAAGCAGAGACCAACUUUUUCAGAGCUGGUGGAACACCUAGGGAAUUUACUGCAAGCCAACGUCCGUCAGGAUGGUAAAGACUACGUUGUCCUUCCUUUGUCAGUAUCGCUGAAUAUGGAAGAGGAUUCGGGUCUCUCUCUCCCAACUUCACCUGCUUCCUGUAGGGAGAAAGAGGAAGUCUGUGAUCCUAAAUUCCAUUAUGACAACACAGCAGGAAUUAGUCAGUACCGACAAGGUAGCAAAAGAAAAAGCCGCCCUGUGAGUGUGAAAACAUUUGAAGAUGUCCCAUUGGUAACCACUGUAAAAGUUGUUCAGGAGGAAAACCAGACAGAUAGUGGGAUGGUUCUUGCGUCUGAAGAGCUGAAGACGUUGGAAGAGAGCGAGAAACAAGUGAAAAUACCCUUUAGCACGCUGGUGCCCAGCAAGAGUAACGAGUCCGUCAUGUCCGAAGCCUCCAACCAGACGAGCGGGUACCAGUCCGGGUACCACUCAGACGACAUGGACACCACCGUCUACUCCAGCGAGGAGACUGAACUCUUGUGCGCCCGGGAGGCUUCGCCCCCGCUCUGCCGCGCGCACGGGCUCGCCUACGACGGCGCCGCGCCGCUUGCCUCCCCGCCGCUCUAGGGGGUAGCCGGCGGCUCCGGGUCCCCCCGGCAUGUGCCUUCCUUUUCUGGACUGGUGGUAUUCAGGUUUGAUGUAUAGAAAGACAGCGUCCCCGGGACUAAGAAAAAACGUUUAUUUUUCCUGAAGAGGAUGCAGAAGCAUCUGGCAGAAAAACCGCGCCGUGCCAGGCUGCGGGGCGCUUUCCUCAAGAGGCACUGGUGGCUGAGGGUGCAAAGCCCCGGCGGCUGCGGUGUGUGGGUGCUGUGCCGACCCAAUGGCAGGGGCCGUGUGGUGGCCUCUGGGACCCCGGUGACAUGCUGAGCAUCUGCCUGAUGCAGGCAGCAGCACGGCGUUCAACUUAACUGUUUCUAGUUGUACGAAGUAACGGCACAGCCCUCUUCUUUUUUUUUUUUUUUUUUUCUUUUUUUUUUGUUUUUCCCCUUGUGGCUGGACUCCAGGAAGGAAACAGCACAGCACUGGCUUCUUGUUUCUCAGAGUUAUCCCUUGCUUGUACCUCCACAAACAAAACAAGGAACCUCCAGCUCAAGGCUCUGGCACUCACCAACAGCCUGAGACUAAACAUAGGCUGGGCUAAAUAUAGGUGGGGGCGAUGGUCUCUGUCCUUGGCAGAGAAAAAAGGUUGCUGUACCAGACCUCAUGAGCCACAUUUCCUUGGAAGACUUGCCUGGUGAGGUUGGUUAGCAGGGAGGAGGCAGAGCACCGAACCAAGCGAUGGGACACGGGUGCCGGGGGCAUGCAUCCCCUCUGGGGGUGGCCUCAGGGUGGCUCUGCCCCCUGUCCUCCCUGGCACCCUUGGCCCAUGCCAGGCACCUACCUGCUUCUGAGCUAGCCUGAGAUGGCUGCAGAAAAUGCCCCCCACUUUGAAUCACCACUGUGGCGGCCUCUACAACAGGUAGAAAGGGCAAUGUAAUCUAUUUUAGGACUGUAGAAAGCCCUGUGGUCCUGAUGGAGUGCUGUAAAGAUACCCUACCUUCUCAUCUCAUCCCCCCUCCCUCAGAUGUAGGUCUGACUCCUUCACUUUGCAAACUCCAAGUCUGUUUGCACCAGCAGAGAUCUUGGUUUAUGUAGUCUUGGGAAUCCGUGACUGGUUUCAUGGCAGCUCUGAUCUCCUCUGAAUGGUGAGAUUGUGACUAAUUGUUGGACAACUUCUUACCUGUGCCCUUGUAGUCCCAGAGCUCUGUUGAUAGACACAAUGCAGGCUACAAGAUUUUCAAAUGUAAAGCUAUUUCUACUGAGUCCUUUUUUGUAUUUUUAUAAUUUUUUGUUGUUGUUUGUACUUACUAUAAUGUCAAAUGCUGGGAACCAUGAAUAUAAGGCAUAUACAGUAUUUAUAGCCACUUUAUGUAGAAAUAAAUGUAAUAUAUUAAAAUAUAAAUAUAUAUAUUAUAUAA